AUGGCCCGAUGUCAAGAGUUGAAGGAUCAGGCGAGGAGCGAGCGUCAGUUUGAGCUGUAUAGGCGAAAUGUUUUUACAAAUAACAGCUUAAGCAAGAAAUUCAUGUACUUUGAAGCGUUACGUUGGUAUGAAGAGCAUAAGUCAGAAUUCCAGUACCCAGUUUACGUGCCAUUAUUAUCUGUAAGGAUGAUGUUUUUGUUUAGAAUUAAAAUAACUGGUUUUGGAGAUAACGGUAGCUACGAUGGCGUUAGUAUAUCAGGUUAUAUGCUAAAAGGACCGACUCAAGUUUUUAUAUUAAGUAGAAGUUGUGGUGUUGAAACUUCCGCAUUUCUUGAUGCUGUAAAAAGUUCGAUGACUCUUUCAAGCGCAGAAAGCGCAAGAUAUCUUGAGAACCUCAUUGCUUCUCGUGACUAUUUGGUGUUUAUUUUUGGUUCAAGAGAGGACGAAAUGCGCCUAACAAACUCGUCGUUUCCUUGGAAAAUCAGUUCCACUGUUCUCACCCAAGAAAAGAUUGAGGAAAACAAAGUAGAAAAAGGCUUACCGGAUUGGUUGCGUAAAUAUGGGUUUCAUCACAUGGUUUCUGACCUGUACGAUGCUCCACCCCCAGUUAAAGCAUAUUUAAACCGGCUGUUCAGUCUGAGAAAGAUCCCCAUUGGCAAUGCUGACACCGACCGUCGACUUGAGGAGGUUUGUAAGGCGAUAAAAGAUCAGUACCGUCUGUUCCUUACGGAAACGUCAAGGGUGCAAAUUGGUGUUUCAAAGUAUAGUGGCGAGACGGUUCUUCGGAUUAACAGUUUGAAGAGGGAUUCGUCGUGGUUAUCUGCCCAUGUUCGUCCAAGCAGCCUGAUGAGCGAAGCAGAUAAGUUACAAAAGAAAAGGAGUCUUGAAAAGGUCAUCACUGAGGUUAAAGAACUGCAAAAAAAUUAUAGUAUUGAAAAGGGAAAAUAUGACGUUACAGUUGAAAGUCUCCGACAAAAGAUGGCAGAGCUGAGGAAACGUGUUGAUGCUGUAAACAUAAUAAACCAACAACUUCGUAGCAAAAAGAUAAAGCUUGCAACACUAGAGGAGAACAAGCCUAAUCUUGAAGAAGCGGAGCGUGCUUUUAACAAAGUGAAGCAAAUGGUGUGGAAAGAAGGUUACUCCACGGCUACUGAAAUCCUAAAAUUAUUGACUGGGGCUGGUGAGUUGAUGGAGAAUAUAAUAUUAAAAAAACUAAAGUUGUCCAUCGUUAGUGGCUUGGUAAAUAAAUUAGUUGGAGAGUUGACGAAGUCAAGAGCAAACCAUGCGCAGAAAAAGGCCGAUCUUGAGGAAUUCCGAGAGACAGUUGAUGCCAAGAGAAGACUGCGCUUAGAAAGCAGUGAAAGGCUGAAAGCAAGUACAGGACUGACAAGCACAGAUUCGAAUAAGCUUGUAGAUACUGCAAGGGAAACUUUAGAAAAACUACAGACGAAAUUUGAGUCUAUCGCUGCUCCAGAUGACAUAGAAACAUUACGGAGUGUGUUAAACUCUGAGAGGGCUCGCUUAGUUGUGAUGCAAGAUGAAGGCGGCAGAACGGCUCUCGAUCGGUAUCAACAACUUCUAGAAACUCACCAGAACUUGAAAAAACAUUUGGAAGGUUCUUCAGGGCAGGUAGAGUUAUGGGAAAAAGAAAUCGAUGCCCUUUUGGCUGAGUGGCUACAAAAUCUGAGACAGUUAAUUGCGAACAUCAAUCGGAACUUUGAAAGGUAUUUCAGCUGUUUGGGAUGCUCCGGGGAAAUUUGCCUUGACGAACCUGAAGACAAGCGUGACAUUUCGGGUUACGGACUUGGUAUCAUGGUGAAAUUUCGUAACGGUGAACGAUUGCGCCGUCUCACUCACAAGACUCAAUCCGGAGGGGAGCGGAGUGUAACUACAAUGUUGUUUCUCUUAUCUCUGCAGGAACUCUGUCCUGUGCCUUUCCGCUGUGUAGACGAAAUCAACCAAGGAAUGGAUCCAAAUAAUGAAAGGAUGGUAUUUGAAAUGAUGGUUGAUCUUUUAUCGGAUGCCGGCAACUUGUCCAAGACACAAUAUUUUCUGUUAACUCCAAAACUACUCCCAGGGCUUAAUUAUGGGGAAAAAGCUGUUGUUCACUGUAUUUAUAAUGGUAUCGGCUUUCCAGACAAAGUUGGUAGCUAUUUUCUUGCUUUUAAUCUUUGUUCACGCUGUUCUUUUCGUAACGUUCCGAGCGAGUUUUAA